UUAAUUAACUAAAAUCAGCUAAAAAGAUCUAUUAAAUUACUAAAAAAAAUGACAGAAACUGCUACAUUUACUUCUUUUUUAAAAAACUAUAAUGAAGUCAAUCAGGGAAUUAGGCUUUAAAAUGGAAGAGCGAAAAUUUAAAAAUCUUCUUCUUAGCCAUAAAUUAGUGAAGUUAGAUACAGUACUCCAAUUAUGAAAGUUUUUAAAAUUAAAUAAGUUAAUUAUGAAUAGUCUAACCAAUAUUACUCAGAUUCUUACUAAGCAGGAUCUCCUUUACAGAAAUAGGUUUCCUAAUUUAAAGGUUCACCAUAAUUAUAUAAGAAAACUCUGAUUCGUAAAAGUAGCUAAGAUUAAUCUCCUAUUAGUUCUACUGAAAAGCAAUCUACUCCUGUUCAUAAAAAAUAUUUAAUUAUUUAAAACAACUAAAGCACCUCUAAGUUAAUUAAUAAUUAAUCCCCUUACUAAUAAACAUAUUGCAAAGAUAACAGCCCUAUAAAUGCUUACUACGUAAAUCCGGUACCAAUAAAUAACCGAGCCCCAUUUACUAGAUCGAUAAAUGCUAAAAGUUAAACUUAAAUAGUAGGAGAAACUUAAAAAUCACUUUACUUUAAUACUCCUAAAUCUAAUAGGUAGAAUGACUCGCUUUAAAGAGUUUAGUUCAAUUGUAUUUCUUAGCAUAUAAAUAAAUUAAAUGAAAGCACUCCUAUGUAGCAUAAAAGCAAAUUUAAUAGCUAAUAAAAUUUAGAAAUCAUUAAUAAUUAAUAAUAAAAAUAAAGACAUUUUAGAAUUCACUAAACUAAUACACCCAUAAAAGUUUAAUACAAAAUCAAAAGAAAUGUUUCUACAGAUAAUAGAUUGGAUAGCUCUAAAAGAGGUGAAAGCUACUGUUUGCAUUAGUCAUAAUUCUCAACAAUAAGCUAAGAAAAUAUUGAAAAGAUAUAGAGUAACAACUAAGCUAUUUCAGAAUUAAUAAAAGGAAACAAGUAAAUUUUGAAAGACUUAAACUUCGACUGA